UCAGGCACACACACAGAGAGGAGUCAGCACAGCGGAGCGUAAAGACUUACACUGUGGUUGCAGGCACAUUUAGAGAAGGUUAAACUUCUCCUGUUAUUACCAACUAAGAGAUAUUUGCAUAGAUAACCUGGACAUGGCCCUUGGCAAAGAGAAGCUGCAGCUCUUGUUUCGUUUCGCCCUGGUGUUCUCGGUGGUUCUGACCUCAGCUCUGAGAACCCUGGAUUCAGACCAGGAGCUGCAGGACAGCGGUUUCGGUCGCCCGCCGCCUCGCCACGGCCUCAAGCUGCUGGGCUGGUACGUUCAGGACUGCCUGGACAACAACAUGCGGGCUCUGUGUGAUCCCACUAAAGGAGAGUUUGGAUUUCACAAGUUUCAGAACCUUAGGCCUCAGAAACUGCUUCCAAUAAUAGAGGACGAAAAGCAAUAUGCAUACUACACCAUCGGAAACCUCCACUCUUUACAGGCCGAGGACCUGCCCUUUGAAGUCAAGAGGUACUACAACCGCAGUGACCCUAAAAGCAACAUGGACAGAGUUUUGGUGAGAUACAACAUCAACAAUAAACACAUCGACCAAAUCUACGCAUCUGCACAUUACGAUCCAAACGAGACGUACAUUAUUGGCCCCAAUCUUCUUGCCUUUCUUCGACAACAGCCCCACAUUAGCAUAGAGAUGUGACUUCUGAUGUAAAACUCUCUGUGACAACUUUAAUAGCUCCGUGAUUCAUUCCUCCAGAGAUAUAUGAUGGAGUUUCAACAUUUAUUAAACAAUGUGGAUUUGGCUGCUGCUUUUCUUUGUGGUCUGAUUGCAAGAAAAGUGACAUUUUUGAUGAUUAUAUUUCCUGAAAGUCAAGUUGCACAGUAUGCCUACUUUUAGAAUAUACAGUAGAGAAUCCAUAGAAAAGUGUCUUUGACCAAUCAAAUAAAUGUUCGAAUGGGC